AUGUCUGAUGACGAAGCCGCCCAGCAUGAGGCACCUGAAGUGUCCGACGCGCCCUCGGUCAAAGAGGUGGUCGAUAAGAUAGCAGAGGCAGCACCGAGCGCCGACCCAAGGGACGUGGCUAAAACUGAUCUGCUCGCUGGCGUCAAGAAGGCCGAUCAGACGAUCCUCAGACUUAACAAGUUGCUAGCUUCCCCCGGUGGUCUCUCAGCUUUCCUCUCCACAUUCAACUACACCUUGUACAUCCUCGCCUACGCCCAAACGAAAUCUCCCGCAGUCACCGCUUUCGCGACAAGAAUUCUAUCACUCAUCCGCCCAGCGUGCGACGAUGCAAAGAUCUCCGCUACCGUCAUCCUAAACGAUGGCACGCUACCACCCAUUGCUGCGCUCGCAGUCCUCAUAUCCAAAGCGCGCACCACACUGAGACUCUUCGGCUUGCUCCCGCUAUACGCAUGGCUGCGCUCGCUGGCCGCGGGUCCUAAACUCGGGACAGACAUCGUCUUGCAUAGAGUGGCAACGCUACAAGCGAGCAGCUACUUUGCCUACCAGGCUCUAGAAAACAUCUGCCUCCUCGCCGACUCGGGGGUCGUUCCCCCCAGCGUAAUCGCGAAGCUCAAUCGGGGCGACUCCACGACUGCACGUCUAUACCUCAUUGCGUACCGCUGCUGGCUCGGUGGCGUGUCCUGCGAUUUCGUCCGCCUCAUGCGCGAGUGGCAGCUUGAUAGCAGGCGGAGGGCGAUCCGGAAGCAAAUGGUUGCUGAUGGGCGGGCGGUGGCAGAGUAUCAGGAUGAAGAGGAUAAGAGGUUUGAUAAGAAGUGGUGGACCGACUUCAUGAUUGCGAGUGCGUGGUUACCUAUGGCUCUGCACUUUAGCAGUGCUAAGGGAGGAAUACCGGGUUGGAACUUGGGUGUUAUGGGUAUCUGUGGUUUGGUCGCGGGCAGUACGAGGAUGAAGGCGCUGUGGGAGACAACUCGUACACAGAGAGCAAAAUCUCUUCUCAACACCAGUACUUCAUCGAUUGCGUCACAGAUCAUUCAAGAUGGAAGGCAUCAACGCAAGUCUCAAUCAACAACACAUGCUAGUCUUGACUCACAAUUCCAAAAGCCCAAAGAAACCCAGACUUCAAAAGCACCUUUCAAUAUCCUAGAAGCCAGCAUCGCCGACCAUCGUCAAGCCCUCAACUCUGGUACCACAACCAGUGUCGACCUCGUAAUCAGCUACCUCAACCGCAUCGCCACAUACGACAUUCGUCUUGGUCUAAAUGCCUUUACCGUAUUUAAUUCCAAUGUGCUCUCAGAAGCAGCAGCAUCUGACUUGCGUCGAGCCCAAGGUCUGCCACCGCGUCCCCUAGAAGGAAUCCCUUACAUCAUCAAAGACAGCUACAAGGUUGCCGGCAUGAGUGUUACUAACGGCUCUCCCGCACUCAAAGGCCUCAUGUCGAGCGGCGAUUCUGCCAUUGCAGGGAAAUUGAGAGAUGCAGGUGCUGUACUGAUUGGUAAGACGAACAUGCCGCCCAUGGCCGCGGGAGGCAUGCAGAGGGGAUUAUACGGGCGUGCAGAGUCGCCGUACAACGAGAAAUAUCUCACUGCUGCUUUUUCCUCCGGAUCUUCGAACGGUGCGGCGACGUCUGUGACAUCGAGUAUGGCGGCUUUCGGCAUGGGAAGUGAGACUGUGAGUAGCGGACGUAGUCCUGCGUCCAACAACGCUCUGGUAUGCUAUACACCAUCGAAAGGACUGCUCAGCUGCAGGGGCCUAUGGCCACUAUACGUUACCUGCGACGUGCCAACACCAUAUGCACGAUCCAUGGACGACAUGCUAGAACUCCUAAACGUAAUAGCCACACCAGACCCCGACGUAACUGGAGAUUUCAUCCGCGAACAACCCCACAUCCAGAUCCCCCAACCCCCAGAACUCGACUAUACCACUCUCCGCAACCCGGACUUCCUCCGCGGAAAACACAUCGGCGUUCCCAAAAUGUACAUCGGAGGCCACGACACGCACCCGCACGCCAAACACCCCUCCGUCUCCCCCUCCGUCAUCGCCCUCUGGACCAACACCGCCAAAACGCUCGAAUCCCUCGGCGCAAAACUCACAUACACAGACUUUCCACUCGUCACAAACUACGAAGACGACUCCGUCUCCGGUGAAGCCAACAACGUCGUCGACUAUCCAAAAGACUGGAAUGUACUGGAGCGCGGUCUACUAAUCGCACAAGCCUGGGACGCCUUCCUCGUCAGCAACGCAGACUCUGUAUCCGGCAUCAAGAGUCUGUCUGAUAUAAAAGAUCCAGCAAUGCUCUUCCCCAAGCCAGAAAAUUACAUCCCAGACACCUUCCUCGAGGUACGCAAUUGGAUCGCUUAUGCGUCUCUCCCAUCACUCGUGCAGCACGGGAAGAGUAUUCAUGAUACCCCCGGUAUGUCACAGGCGCUUUCCGCCCUCGAAGCGCAGCGCAAACGCGACCUGGAAGACUGGAUGGACGAGCUGGGAUUGGAUAUCCUGGCCUUUCCAACACAGGGUGACGUGGGACUUGCGGAUCUGGAAUUCGUAGCGAAGAGUACACGGCAUAGUUUGCAGAAUGGGGUCAAGUAUUCGAAUGGGAAUAGGGCGCUUAGGCAUCUGGGUGUGCCGACUGUUACGGUAAGUAUGGGGGUGGGGGAGGAGACGGGCAUGCCGGUUGGGGUUACGUUUACAGGGAGGGGGUAUCAAGAUGAGGGGGUGUUGGGGUGUGCGUGGGCUUUUGAGAGGGCGAGGGGGGAGAGGGUUGGGCCUGGGAGGGUGCUGGGACUACGAACUGAUUGUGUUGAGGCUGUGCGCGGUGUUGGGGAGUUGUUGGGGGAUGUCACUGCGAACCUCACGAGUUUGCCUUCUCCACGUGAUGGAGAUGAUGGGGGGCUGGAGGUGGAAGUACAGGUCCAAGGCUCCUUCCACUCAGCCCGCUCAGCCUCGCAGCCGUCUUCCAUACAGAUCUUCGCCGACGGUGAAGAAGUGUAUAAUACGCCUGUCGACGGUCAAGAUUUCAAAAUCACGUUCCAGCACAAGCUGGAGAGGCCAGAAGUCUUGGGCUGGGAUCUCAAGCCUUUACCAACGAAAGAUAUUAUGGCUAUCGUCGUUGCUACUGCGGCUGCGGGAAGAGAGGGAGGUGCAGACGGAGAUGGACGGGAUCACGGGAGCGUUGCAACAAAGGAAGCUAGACUUCUUUGGGUUCCCGUCCACUAA